GCCCAUCUCAAAAGCAGCAAGUCCAUCACAAACACAAAGAGUGCAACAAAGACUAGAGAAAUGCACAGCCUAACCGACAUACAGAACUAUCAGAUAGUCUCAGUUUGAGGUCUCAGACGGAUUCUGCACCGAGACAAGACAACAGAAACCAAAAAAAGGAAACAAAAACAUCUCAAAGCAUACUUCGGAGAAAACAUUUAGCUUCCCUAUAGAAAAUCUAUGCCAAACUUCGCAUUGAGAUCCAGUUCAGGGGGUCGUAUUUUCUCCUGUGGUGUCUGUGUGGAGCGUGCCACACAUCCACUCCACAACAACGACGGCUUUUGCUUGCAUCUUCCAGUGUUUCUUCUGUCAGCAAGUUCAGCAGAGCUGCAACUCGUCCAGCGCCAGCCCGGAGGAACCCAGCGAGGAGCACCACGACUGUGAGAUGGUGAAAAUGACAAAGUCCAAAACCUUCCAGGCUUACCUGCCCAACUGUCACCGAACCUACAGCUGUAUCCACUGCCGGGCACAUCUCGCCAAUCACGAUGAGCUCAUCUCAAAGUCAUUCCAAGGCAGCCAGGGACGAGCCUACCUCUUUAACUCAGUUGUGAAUGUCGGUUGUGGUCCAGCAGAGGAGAGGGUUCUCCUAACAGGUUUACACGCUGUGGCGGACAUCUACUGUGAAAACUGUAAAACCACUCUGGGCUGGAAAUACGAGCAUGCGUUUGAAAGCAGUCAGAAAUACAAAGAAGGCAAGUUCAUCAUCGAGCUGGCUCAUAUGAUCAAAGAUAACGGCUGGGAGUGACCUUCACCUUCUUCUUCUCCGCUCAGUGACCUUUGGCCUGCUCUGCCGUGGACUCUGUCAAGUGACACCACCACAAACAAACACACGCACACAAACAAGAAAAACCCACGCACACACGCCACCGUCGACACAUCCAGACAUGUCAACUGGGUCAUCACAAAACGCAAAGGCAGAGCGGCGGGAAGCCAAUCCGAGACAUUGACGGGUCACUGAAAGACUCUGUAGGAACUUCUCCGAGAUGUACAUGUCAACACUUUGGGAUCUGAACCUUCUCCCUGCUGGACUCAAGUUUCUGCCCCAUUAACUGGUUUGGGUGUGCUCGGCCCUCCUUGUGCUCCUCGUAAGCCGUUAACAGUAUCCAGAAGACACACUUUUCUUUUUUUUAAUCUCCACUUCACAUCCUCCUCCUCUUUUUGUGAACGAGCAGGAGCUGUGCAGUUUUUAAGUGUGCGUUUUCUUUCUUUUUGGGAUGGGAAUCCUCCUUCCUGGUGGACUGAUGUUACUGGUUAGCAUUUGACGAAGCCUCCUCUGAAGUCAGGCCUUCACGAUUGGCACCCGUUAGAUUGGGCUAUGUAGCAGUAUAUUUGGGAUGGGGUGGGCGCUCAGCAUUGCAGUGGCAUGGCAUUUAUUUUGGUAUUUAUGAACUCCCGUUUUAACCGUUUUUCGGAUGACUUCACUGUGCAAUUCGUGGGACACUCUGGUACAGCAGUAGCAUCUGACCCCCCCUGCAGGAGCUUUAGUUGUCUCUGGUGCUUUUUUUGUUUGGUGAGAUUACACAAACACACGUCUUUGAGUUGGCAUUUGUGGCAGGAUCCAUUUUGCAACCAUAACCAUAGACGAGAGAAAGACGAGCGACAGCCGUUUGGAUGAGAAACUGAAACUAGUGUCCUCCUCAGAACAAUGUUGUGUUUUCAUCCCCCUUCACGCCAAAUGAUUUUACAAAACUA